UCUUGUAGUGACGUCACCAUUCGAGUGACGUCAUUACUCCGCGCCUCACUCACAACUGUGAUCUUUGCUGGAAUAUUAUAUUUUUAAACACUUCCAUUCUUUUUUCCUGUCAAAAGAAGUUUUUAGUCUCGCUCAACGCAAGUUUGUUUAGCGUUCAUAGUCUGGGAGUCACCGACUGUAGUUGGGGAUGAGUGACAGCGACGAUGAUGUUCCGACGCUGUCCGCGCACACUUUAGCGGCCCUGCGGGACUUUUACUCGCAACAAGAAAAAGAAAAAGACAAAGAAGAAGACAAGAAGAGCAGCAGUGAGGCCGCUGAGGACAAAAACAAAAACACCUCGGAUCACUUUGCUGUGGGAGCGCUGGGAGAGGACUGGCGUCUCAGUCAGUUCUGGUACACGGAGGAGACUGCAACUCGUCUGGCUCAGGAACUUCUUCAUGAAGCUGGAGAAGGAGGCAGGGUGGCGUGUGUCAGCGCCCCCAGUGUGUACCAGAAGCUGCAGCAGAUGUGUGAUCCAAGGGGCGUGUCGGCGGUGCUGCUGGAGUACGACCGCCGCUUCUCCAUCUACGGCCAGGACUUCAUCUUCUACGACUACAACGAGCCGAUGGCGUUGGCGAGCAGCGUGACGCCCCACAGCUUUGAUGUGGUGAUGGCGGACCCUCCCUACCUGUCAGAGACUUGUCUGAGCAGAGUCAGCCAGACCGUCAAGUUCCUCAGCAAAGGCAAAGUGUUGCUGUGCACAGGAUCCAUCAUGGAGAACGUGGCCAAACAGCUGCUGGAUGUCAAAGUCUGCAACUUCCUGCCACGACACAACAAGAACUUGUCCAACGAGUUCCGCUGCUUCGUCAACUACCCAUCAUGCCUGCUGUCCUGCUGAUGACCACCGUUUGUACGUACAACACCCAAAACCAGUGAAGUUGGCACGUGCAGAAUGUGGCUUGGCAUUGUCUUGCUGAAAUAAGCAGGGGCGUCCAGGAUAACAACAUGUGUUGCUCCAAAACCUGUAUGUACCUUUCAGCAUUAAUGGUGCCUUCACAGAUGUGUAAGUUACCCAUGUCUUGGGCACUAAUACACCCCCAUACCAUCACACAUGCUGCCUUUUACACUUUCACCCUAGAACAAUCCGGAUGGUUCUUUUCCUCUUUGGUCCGGAGGACACGACGUCCACAGUUUCCAAAAACAAUUUGAAAUGUGGACUCGUCAGACCACAGAACACUUUUCCACUUUGCAUCAGUCCAUCUUAGAUGAGCUCGGUCCCAGCGAAACGUUUCUGGGUGUUGUUGAUAAAUGGCUUCGGCUUUGCAUAAGUAGAGUUUUAACUUGCACUUACAGAUGUAGCGACCAACUGUAGUUGCUGACAGUGGUUUUCUGAAGUGUUCCUGAGCCCUUGUGGUGAUAUCCUUUACACACUGAUGUGGCUUUUUGAUGCAGUAGCGCCUGAGGGAUCCAAGGUGUGUAAUAUCAUGGCUUAUGUGCUUUGAUUUCUCCACAUUCUCUGAACCUUUUGAUGAUAUCACAGAGCGUAGAUGGUGAAAUCCCUCAAUUCCUUGUUGAGAAAUGUUGUUCUUAAACAAUUUGCUCAGGCAUUUGUUGACAAAGUGGUGACCCUCGCCCCGUCCUUGUUUGUGAAUGAAGCUGCUUUUAUAGCCAAUCAUGGCAUCCACCUGUUCCCAAUUAGCCCGUUCACCUGUGGGAUGUUCCAAAUAAGUCUUUGAUGAGCGUUCAUCAACUUUCUCACUCUUUUUUGCCACUUGUGCCAGCUUUUUUCGAAACAUGUUGCAGGCAUCAAAUUCUAAAUAAACUAAUAUUUGCAAAAAAGAACAAA